AUGUGGAGGAUAAUACUCGUACUGAUUUGCGGGAUACAGAUGAUCUGCGCCUCGGAGCACAGCGACGAGGGAUGGUCAGGAGGGGAUGGGGGCUCCCACUACGGUGGAAGCGGCGCCAGCGGCAGUGGCAGUGGGAGUAGCGGAGGAGGCGGUGAGGGACACUACCAGCACCAUCAUACACCCACCACAUAUUCGGAGAUCUCCAAGCACGUGCCCGUGCAUGUGAUAGAGAAGAUUCCACUGCCCAUUCCCCAUCCGGUGGCCGUGCAAGUGCCCAAUGUGAUCCGCUUGCAGAUCCCCGAGCCUUAUGCCGUCCACGUGCCCGUCCAGCAGGAGAUCCAAGUGCCAGUCUACAAGAUAGUCCCAGAGAUAACCGAACGGAAGAUACCCUACACGGUGGAGAGGCCCUAUCCCGUCGAAGUGGAGAAGCCCUAUCCCGUGGAGGUGAUCAAGCAGAUCAGGAUUCCGGUGCCGAAGCCCUAUCCCGUUCCUAUAACCAUUUACAAGCAUGUCCUUCAGAAGGAGCAUGGCUGGUAG